AUGGGUUUCAUUCAAGAACGUGUUCUUGAACUUCAAAGGGAUUUAAACUUUCUUUAUCACAAAUUAAGUUCUAAUUUUCUUAAAGAAACUGUUUAUAGUUUUAGUCAACAAAAAGUUACUAACGAAAUUGACUCUAUUCAAAUUCAGCAAACCAAUAUACAAGUUAUACGAAAUGCUAUUCAAAGCAUUAAUAUUGAGAAAGGAAAAAUACCAGAUCUAAAAGUAAUAAUAUGUCAACUUGAUAAGGCAAGAGAAAGUCUUCAUAUAAAUAGUCAAGAAGAUGACAUAGAAACAACUUUAACGGGAAAUGAGGAGUUUAAAACAGUAGUAAACCUCCUAGAAUGGAUAUUUCUGGCAAAGGCAAUGAUCGUGAUAUACGCUAAGGUGAUGGAACGUUUAUUAGUUUCGACUUUACCUUUGUCAGAUAAUAUUUACUAUUGGGAAAAACUUCACGGAAGCAAGUUCCUGACUAUAACUCAUAUGAUUCAAACAUUACCCAUUCGCGCAUAUUCUAUAUCCGCAUCAAUUUUCAAUUCUUUUCCCGAAGUAUAUCAAAAUUUUCAUUUGGGACAACAAAGACAAUACUUUUCUCGAAUCUAUCUCUUUCCUUCCUAUAUGCAUAGGCAAAUUUUAAAUCAACCAACCUUUUCUAUAUUGUCUAUGGCACGUGAAGAAAUAUCAUACAAGAAUUUGAAAUUAAGAUCUAUUUUAGAGUUUCAAGCCGCAUGUUUGGGAUUAUUAAAUAAGAAAGGUUUAGAUUUCAAAAGAAUUAUAGAAGAAAUUGAACAAAUUGAUAAUAAACAAAAUGUAGAUUUUCGUGAAAUUAUUGGGAAUCAAUUGAUUAAAUGUUUAAUUUUGAUGAAAAGAAUUUUAAAUGUAUCAACUAAAUUUAAUGUUAAAAUUGAUAAUAUACCAAAUGUGAAUGAUAUUAUCAUUGAUGAUUCAGAAUAUUCUCAACAAUCUCCACCUUCUUUACUUGAUUUCUAUUCACACAUUCGUUCUAUUAUUACCACUCAUCUUCAUCAAUAUGAUGUUCAAUCCUCUAAAAUAAUGUCUUUAUAUGGUCCUCCAUCAAUUUUGACGCGUUGGUGGAUACCUUUAACCAUUUCUUCUAUUCUAUUAUUUAAUUCUAGAACAUAUUUGUCUAAGGAAUAUUUUCUACCUCGAUUUCAAUAUGCAAAAAUGACUGUCAUCAAUUUUUGGAGUGAUUGGGUAUGGGAACCUAUUAAAUCAAUGAUGAACACAAUUAUUCAUCGAGAAAGAAGAUUAGCUAUUAUGAGCAAAGAUAGUCUCAAUUCUGAUUUCGAGUCUUUAGAAAGAAUGGUUGUAGAUUUUGCGCGAGAACAAAAUAAUACUUCUGAAGAAUUGGAAAGUAUUUCAAAUCGUGUGAAAGAUGGGGAUAUAUCAAUUGUGUUAAAAUUAUAUGAGCAAGAAUUAAAGGCUCCCUUCAAAUCAACUAUUAAGGUUCAAAAGACUAAAGUUGAUAUGGAAUUAGCUAUGGCUGCUUUAGAUAAACUUUUGAAAGCUAAUGAAUUAAAUUUCGCUUUCUUAGCUGUGGGUCCCAGUUUAAUUAUUGUUUAUUUAUUUUAUGAAUGGAUUAAAACUUUUUGGUGGGGUAAACAAUCUUGGAUUAGUAGGCUUCAAGGUUCCAACUCUAAAAUAAGGGAAUCAUUGCGUCAAGUGGAACGAUUACUUAUUCAUAAUUAUAAUUCUCCGACAGCCGAGAUGUCUUUCGUUGCAUAUGGGUUAAUGCUUUGUCACGUUCAUCGUCUUCAGUCUUUUUCUUCAUAUGUACCAUCCAAAAAUAAUUUACGUAAUCGAUUUUUAGAAGAUCUCAAGGACUUGGAUAAUCCUCAUAUGACAGUCCAACAGAAACUUUUGAUUUGUGAACGUAUUCCAAAACAGUAUUCUUUUGACUUGAAAUUACCACCACUAAGAGAUCUUUCGCCACCAAAUUCCAACGUAUAUUCUACACUUCUACUCUUACAACCCGAUUUCACAUCCAGUCAACUUGCCACAUACAUACAACCGACAUUUUUUCAAACCCAGCCUCCUUCAAACUCCUUGAGCUCCUUUAUUGAUCAAGGAUCUCAUGUGAGAGCGAAAAGCACCUUACAAGUAAGGGAGGCGAAAUGUGAAGAAUGCGGGAAGGUAUACAAGGGAAAAAACUCCCGCUCUAUCUUGCGUCGUCAUCUUAAAGACAAACAUAGAGUUGAGUUGCCCCGUGGAACUCGCUGGGACAACGAUCCUAAUCGUCCCAAAAACGAUGAAGAGCGACGUCAGCGGAUGUUGGAGUCGAAAAGAAAGUAUGUAGUUUCUCAUUAA